CGCGCUUUAACCGUCAGUCUGUCUUUAUUGUUGUUUAAAUAUAGAACAAAGAUAGACUGAGGCUCAAAGCGCGUAAGCGUCCAAAGCGAACGCACAUUAUGUAAUCUGAGUGUUAUAAGCUUCGCAACUAGAAUUCCAACUUCAUUUUCUAAAUCGCGUAAAAAAUCAUUAUUUUCUUAAAAUAGUGUCUUGAUUUUCUUGUGAAUAAUUACUAUGUUUGAAAGAAAGUUAAAAGCUCUGGGUUACAUGGAUUGGGAUAAAGUUAACGGAAAUAAUACUCAACAUUUUAGAAAAGUGAUUGCAUGGUUAGAAGAUCAAAAAAUACGUCACUAUAAAAUAGAAGAUCGUAAGAGCUUAAGAGAUAUUAAUUCUUCAGAAUGGCCAAAAGCUUUUGAAAAAUAUUGUAAUGAUGUCAACUGUCCAAUAACUACAAGUGAAAUUGACCAAUUGGAAUGGUUCUUAGGAUAUGCUAUUUGGCAAGAAUUUAGUGACGAUUAUCAAAAAUAUCAACAAGUAGUAGGAAGCAAAGCAAAGGUCAAGCAAGAAAUAAAAGUACCUAGUGUUAAAUCUACAAAUCCUCUGGACAACUUAGAUUUUGAUAGUGAUGCUUUCAAGACUGGUGUUAAUUCAUUAGCAAAAUUGUUAAGAAUACCAAAGCAUUCAGACCAUCUUAUAACAUUACAAGCUUGUAGCAAGCUUGUAUGUAAUAAGUUAAAUGUGGAUGCAAUGAAACAACAAAAUAACAAUGCUGUAACUGCUAAGGGCAAAUCUCUAAACAGCCUUUCAGUAAUGACUAUUGCACCCGGUUUUAAUAUGGGUGAUAAGAUGUUGGACAAUGCCGCCAAAGGUCUUUCUCUGCUGUACAUUCAAGAUCUUAGAAAUCUGCAGACAAAGAUCAAUGAAACAAUAGUUGCUGUGCAAAGUAUAACAGCCGAUCCAAAAACAGAUACUAAACUAGGAAAAGUUGGUAAAUAAACAAGCUCGUACAUAGAGGUACAUAUUUGAUAUCUUAAACGAGCACUUUAAGUCUGGAUUCAAGAAAAUAUUCUUUGUACAUUUCAAAACAGUAAUAUAAAAUUUGUUUCACAAAAUACUUGUUAGAAUAUUAAUGUAUAGUAAUUUAUUUAUUCAUUUUAUUUGAAAACAUUCUGUUCCUUCAUUGUUGCUUGUUCAUGCCAAGUUCACAAAUAUAUCGAUUUUGCAAAGGAACAGUGUGAUAUUUGUUUACAUUUAUUUCAAAACUGAUGUUUUGUAUGUUAGGUAGGCAUAAACUUUGUCUUACUCUAUAUAACAAGAAAAAUAUAAAACAUUUUUGGACACUUGUACAUAUACUUUGUGUGUAAUAGAGAAAUAAAUUUUUCCAUAAAAUUUCAUUUUUUUAUACUUGUUUAGUUAGAAGCUUGAUUAGUUUUAAUAUACACAUAUAAAUGUGCCUAAGUAUAAUCGAUAGGGUAAAAAAACUGCUUUUUUUAUUACUCCAAAUAUUUUAAUCUAAAAAAUUUAUUAUGUAUGUAUAAUAUAUACAUAUAUAUAUAUAUAUAUUCAAAUACAAAGCUGAACUUGUAAGAUUUAAAGAGAAAUUGUUGAAGAGAGAUUACACGUCAUAAACUGGAUUAUUGUUGCGUCAAGACUUUAUAGUAAUAUAUUUAUCUCUUCUCGAACACAAAAAACAUCAUAAAUUGUAUAAACGUGUAUAUAUAUUUGUUUAUAUAAAUCGGAAAUCAUUUGCUUGCCGUAUCUUAUUAUUAUUCACAUACCAUGUGUUAUAUUAUUAAGAAUUUAUAUAUAAUAAGAAGAUAGAAAUAUACGAAUAUAGAGAGAAAUAUAUAAUGAAAAUAUAUUUUUUAAAUUUGUUUAUAUUUAUCAAAAGUACUGGAAAGUUUUUGCUCUUGUGUUAAAAUUAUCUAUCUUAUAAAGAUAGAAAUAACACGAAAUUGUUACCUAAAAUUUGUUUUUCUAUCUAAAAUAUAACGUCAGAAAUACACGAAAAAAGUAAGAGUAAAUAUGUCUUACUUUCCAGUAACUCUUUGUGUGUGACAUUAUAUAAGAGUAUAACAUACAGAUAAGUCUUAAACUAAUGCAAAGCAUAUUGUAUUUUACAUAUUAUCAAUAAUUAUAUUAUUUUUCAGUUGUUUUUUUGAAAGCAUAGUACGUUUGUUAAUAAAUAUAAAUGUGGCAAGCACGUGUAUAAUAUCAACCGGUUGCGUUGAUUAUUAAUGCAUUUGUAUAUAUUACAUAAUUACAUAACAUUCGUUGAUAGUUUGUUUAUUGUAAUUAUAUUUUAAAAGAUCUGUGUGUCUCUCACUCAUUUCUCUAAAUCAUUAAUGUAACAUUUCUAAACAAAAUCAAGCACUAUAAACAGGAAAAUAAGUGUAUUUUAAAAUUAUGUAUAUUUAUAAAAAUAUAAAGUUAUCACAGAAUUCACAAAUAUCAUAUUUUAAUACAGUAAUAGUUUACCUUGAGCGUAAAGCUUAUAGAUCCGUUUAACUAUCUUCUUAAGUAUAACAGAGUAAAACUCUUUUAUAUAUAAGAAUCCUGCAAUGUGAUUGUGAUAUGUUCAAAUGUAAUUACUAUUUUAAGAUUUGAUCUGAAUGAUACACGAACAUACACUUAAAUAUCAUUUAGUAUAUAUGAUUUUUUUACCAUCACAGUUUUUGAUAUUGCAUUAAAAAUUGUAUUUUUUUGUGUCAUGUGAGAAAAUCUUUUUUAAUAAGGACAUAAUCACCUUUCCAAUAACUACAAAUUUUCUAGUUUCCAUAAAAACGUUAUAAGUAUAAAGUAAAUUAAUCAAGUGAUUGUUGUAAGAUGUGUAAAGAGAAUGUUAAAUUGUAGUAAAUUCUUUAGAAUAAUUGCUAUUGAAUGCAUAAUAUCCUAAUAAAGAUUAUAUUUCAUCUACUAAGGCACUCUAUACUGAAGCUUCAUAUGUUAAAUGUGUAUUAUUAGAGCAUAGAGUAUAUUUUCUGACUAUAAGUCAGUUUUAAUUUGCUUUUUUUAACUAAGUGAGCAAUUUUUUAAAUAUCAAAUGUAAGUAUCCAAUAUUUAUAUUUUAUA